AUGAACUGGCUUCAAAGAAGAUUGAUUCAACCUGUACAACAACUCUACCCAGCUUUGCAGCUGACAGUUGUCAGAUAUAGAUACCAUGCCGAAAAGGUAGCUCAGGGUCCUCUGAAAAGAAGAUACGGAUAUAAAGAGAAAAUCCUGCAGAAAGGAACAUUACCUCAUGUUGAUGGCAGGAGGCUUCCAAUGCCUGAAUACAAACCAAAAAAUGCCUGGAGCGAGAGACGAGCAUUAUUUGGUCAAAAUGAUUAUAUAGAUAUUCUUGGAAAUGAGAAACUUCAUCCAACAAGGAUCUUGUACAAUGUUCCGUCUUGGCUCCGUGGUGUUAGUGGGAAUGAAUAUCGAAUUUUGCUUCGAAAGAGGAAAAUGCUGCAGCAUGGUAUUUUUCCAAUUGCAAGACCAACGAAGUGGUAUGAAUUGGAGAAAAGAAUACGAUACUUGUAUAGAUUUAUGAACAGAAAAACAAAAACGUAUGCUUCAAAUAGUUGA